CCUGGCCUGGCCUGACUGUGCUCUGCUCCUCCUCUGAUUGCGUACCAGCUAGUCGAGGUCAAGCUGCAUCGAUCGUGCUCUCCUCUUUAAAAGUGCCUGCGGGCUGCGGCGACUGAUCGCGUCGGCCGGCCUCGGAGUGCUAGCUUCAUUGAUGAAUGCCGAAGCUAUAGCGGUUCUUUCUCGGUCGUCCUUCUUCCCAGCUCCGAUGCCCCGGUCGCCCGGAUCAUGGCACUGCCAACCGCGGUCGUAGCCUCCGUUGCCGCGGCCGUCUCCACGCUCUCAUUAUUGGCCGCCGCCGUCAUGGCCGUCCUCUGCUGGCGCCGGCUCCGCGCGCGCCGUAGCCGGACCUCCGACACCGGCUCCUCCGAGACUCCUCCCACGCUGGCGGAGUGGGGCAGGUGCGGCCGCACGUCGUCGGCGCCAGACUACCAGGGCGCGAGGCGGUUCUCGCUGGAGGAGAUGUCGCACGCCACCAAGAACUUCAGCGACGCCAACCUCGUCGGCGCCGCCGGCAGCUUCGGGAAGGUGUACAUGGGCCUGCUGCUCGACGGCACCGUCGUCGCCAUCAAGCGCCGCGAAGCACCGCCGCGCCAGGACUUCGUCGACGAGGUGCGAAAACAAUCGGAGAUCUGGCACCGGAACGUCGUCACCCUCAUCGGCUACUGCCAGGAGGGGGGUCUGCAGAUGCUGGUCUUCGAGUACCUGCCCAAUGGCAGCGUCUGCGGCCACCUGUAUGAUAGCGGCAAAGAGUCGAUGACAAGGCUGGAGUUCAAGCAGAGGCUCUCGAUCGCCAUUGGAGCAGCUAAAGGUCUGGACCAUUUGCACAGUAUGACGCCUCCAUUGAUCCACAAGGGCUUCAAGACGAGCAACGUCUUGGUCGACGAGAACUUCAUCGCCAAGGUGUCCGACGCCGGGGUCGACAGGCUGCUCAGAGGGCUCGAAGACGCCGAUAAAGCGAACGGGCUUCAUACUAGUGUCUACCAAGAUCCAGAGGUACAUUCCUUGGCACAGCUCUCCGCAAGCAAAGACGUGUACAGUUUUGGGGUUUUUCUGUUGGAGCUGAUAACCGGCAGGCAAGCAGCGGGUUUGGUCGGCCCAGAAUCAACGGAUUCUCUCCCCCAUUGGAUGGAGGCACAUUUCACUUCUGGCGAGCUGGUCGAUCCGAGGCUAGGCGGCAGCUUCACAUCCGAGGGCAUGAAGGAGCUCGUCGCCCUGACCUUCCAGUGCCUGAGCCCAUCGGUGGCGAGAAGGCGGCCCAAGAUGCGGCUGGUCGCAGAGGAACUUGACAGGAUCCUAGAAAAGGAGAUGACUCUGACGACUGUCAUGGGUGACGGCACCGCCAUCAUUACCCUCGGAAGUCAGUUGUUCACGUCGUGAUCCGUGAAUUUACAUGUAAAAACAGUUGGUUGUGUACAUCCUCUAGACGAAGAAGUCGGGAGAUAGACAUUGUUUCAAUUUUUUCAGAAAGGCAAUGUGCAAAGCACUUACUUCCUUUCAAAAUCUAAGCCGCCU